AUGGGACGGAUGGAGCAGGUUUGGGGCUCCGAUUGCCUCCAGUUCAACCCGGAAAGAUGGUUGAAAAACGGAAGAUAUUCAUAUACCCCUCAAGACUUGUACAAGCUCCCAGUUUUCCAAGCGGGGAAAAGGGUUUGUUUAGGGAAGGAAAUAUCAGUGGUGGAGAUGAAAUGUGUGGUUCUGGCCGUCAUUAGGCGGUUCAAAAUCCAGGUUGCCGGUCUCAAUCAAGCACCAAGGUUUGCUCCCGGUCUCACUGCCGCCUUCAGAGGUGGCCUACCGGUUCUAGUCCAAGAAAGGGAACCUUAG